AUGGAUUUGAUUCAGGCGCUAAGGGACGUGGCAGAGGUGGAUAGGCUGGUCGGCAGCAGCAGCAGCAAGCGAUUGAGGUCCAGGUCUGGUCCUCUGAGGAUGGGCGGCGCUGAGUCAGCAGACCCAGUUGCUGAGUCAGCAGGCCUUGCUGCUGAGUCAGCAGCCGCUGCUGAGUCAGCAGGAUCGGACACGUCUUCAGGAGUGGAAGCAGUUGUUGCGGGUUGUGCUGCUGCAUCUGCCAAUGCAGGUUCGGGGCCCGAGCCUGCUGGCCUGGGUCAACGCAGACUGAAGUACCGAGCCAGGUCCGGACCUCUGCAUGGGGACACAGCAGCAGAUGCAGCAGCAGCAGCAACAGCAGCAGCAGCAGCAACAGCAACAGCAGGAGCAGCGACAGCUGUAUCAAGAACAGCAGCAACAGUACCAGCAGCGGCAGCAGCAACAGCAGCAGCAGCAACAGCAACAGCAACAGCAGCAACAACAGCAGCAACAGCAGCAACAGCAACAGCAACAGCAGCACCUGCCAACUUUGCCACAGUACGACCAACCAUUUCAACAGCAAGAGCAGCAGCCGUUUCAGCAGCAACAGCAGCAAUUUCAGCAACUAGAGCAGCAGUUUCAGCAGCAGCAGCAGCAGCAGCAGCAGCAACAGCACCUGCAAAAGCAGCAGCCAUUUCAGCGUCAGCAGCAGCACUGGCAACAACAGCAGCAGCCGCAGCAGCAACAGCAGGGGUUUGA